AUAUGAUGAAAUAGAGUGGAUUGUUGUGAAAAAAAUUAAUUUUACAGGGGGUAAAAAUUGAUUGCAUAAAAUCAGCGCAACGUCCGAAAUUCAAUCAUUUAUGUACAAUGUUCUUACCGUAAUAUACUGUCAAGUCGAGAACUUCGUUCAGAAAUCGGUGAAUUUUAAGUCCAUUAUUCUGACCUUGAAUGUGUUUGUAUAUUUGAGAUCUUGUAACACGUGCGGAUCAAUGGAAUAAAUUCUUCAAUUCCCAUGGGCGAAGUAUGUAAAAUUUCACGACAAGUUAUUGGUCAAAAGAAUAGUAAUGGAUGAGCAGUCUCUUCAAGGUUAUUUGGAAUCGCCCAAUCGAAAUCCCUCUGCUCAGGCUCGGACCUUAGCUUACUUCGAACAGUUGAAAAAUUCUGUUGAUGGAUGGAAAGUGUGUGGCCAAGCCCUUUUGCAAGGGAAUGCAAGCAAUGACCAUUCCAAAUUUUUUUGCUUUCAAGUGCUAGAGCACUGUGCAAAAAAGAGUUUUAAAGGCAUGACAGAAUCUGAUCAGCAGUCACUGAAGCAGAUGUUGAUGUCAUGGCUACAACAAAAGUCAAUGAGUGAUGUUAAUGCAGAGAAAGGAUUCAUAUUAAACAAAGGAGCUCAAGUGAUUGUGUUGAUUUUUGUCAAUGACUACCCUGAAAAGUGGUCAUCAUUCUUCUCUGAUAUCCUUUCGACCCUCCAACUUGGACCUGCUGCUAUGGAUAUUUUCUUGAGAAUUCUUAAAGCAAUUGACCAGGAAAUCAUCAAUCGAGAAGUCCAACAAUCUCCAAAGGAUAUCCAACGAAGCACUCUUAUCAAGGAUACAAUGCGUGUUCAGUGUGUGAAUGAUUUGGUAGAAGCGUGGUAUAAGAUUUUGAGUGACCCAGAAAAUGUUCAAGCCCAAGUUAUAUGUUUAUGUUUGGAUGUGAUCGGACGUUACGUGUCUUGGAUUGAUAUUAAUUUAAUUGCGAACGAUAAAUUUAUAAGGAUAUUGUUGGGUCACCUGUCAAUGGAUCUACUUAGAGAAAGUGCGUGUGAUUGUCUGUCUGAGAUCAUUAACAAGGGAAUGCUCCCUGUGGAUAAAAUUGAGUUGAUUCAGUCCCUUCUAAGAGUUUUGGAAGAUGCUGGUGUUUUGCCACCAAGUGAGACGGACGAUAGCGAUUUUCAGGCCAAACUUGCCAAGCUUAUUAAUACAGCUGGAACUCAACUCAUUAUCUGCUGGUCAAAACUUACAAAAGCUGGAAGUUCGGAUAAAGCGGAUAGGACUUUGAGCAUUAUUGAAAAUAAACUCAAUUACAUGUUUGGAUUUCUUGGCAAUGAAGAUGAUGAUAUUUCUCAAAGUGUUCACAGCUUUGCAAGGGAUUACAUUACUCUACUCAAACAGAUACCUAACAUGUCAGCUGAACAAGAAAUAAAUAUCAAGGGUUUGCUACUCACUGUUAUAAAGAAAAUGAAAUAUGACGAGUCAUACGACUUUGAUCAGGAGGGGGAAGAUGAGGCAAUGUUUCUGGAAUACAGAAAGCUCCUUAAAAUCCUUUUUCAAAACAUUGGACAGCUGGAUCCUAAUCUACUGUUGUCAACCGUAAUGGAGGUUGUAUCAAAUAGAUUAAGGGAUUGGAAAAGUUUGGAUUUUAUGGAUGUGGAAGUAGCUAUAAGAACGAUAUAUUACGUUGGUGAAGCUAUACCGAACCAACAGGUUUACACGGACCCAGCGAGAUGGGAAAUUAUGCAGAACAUACUCUCAACUUUGAUAAAAAGCAAUGUCAUUUCCCAAACACAUUUUUCCGUUACCAUCUUGUAUUUUGAAACAUUGGUUCGCUAUGACAGAUUCUUCGCAGCACAACCUCAAUUUAUCCCAGAGGUUUUGGCUUCAUUCCUUGACGAACGCUGCCUCGGACAUUCCAAUUGUAAAGUACGAAGUCGAGGCUGUUAUCUGUUAUCUAGAUUCAUGCGAAACCACAAGAAUCAAUUACAAAAUUUCGCCUUGGAUGUUCUCAGCCGUAUUCAAGCAAUUUUAGUUGUGUCACCCAAUAACGGGUAUCAGAACAUGUUCUCUGCAGAUGAUCAGAUGUUUCUCUACGAAAGUGCUGGUCUGUUAAUUGUGUUUAGCGGCACCACAGCAGAGAAACAAGAGACAGACAUGAGAAACGUAAUUACUCCAUUGAUAACAAGAUUCAAUGCUGUUUUUGACAAAAUAAGCUGCAGUAAUCUGGAUGAAACUUCGCUUUUACCCUACGCCCAAUACUUGUAUAAUCUUGCUUCGUUUGCAAGUCGUUUAAGCAAAGCAUUCUCAACUCAACAAACUAUGAAACAAUGUGGUUGUGCAAGUUGUUUUGCUGAGGCAUUGCCUGUAUUUUUACGAGCCCUUACAGUACGUAUUCACCGAGAUCUCAUCCAUUCUGGUGUGCGGCAAUAUCUACACAGAAUGAUCAUUUGUUUGGGUGAAGAUAUCUUGCCUUACAUUCCUGUGGCCGUUACUCAUUUACUUAAAGAUCCAGAGGCAAAAGAUAUUCAAGAAUUCAUUCCACUAAUUAACCAGAUUAUUUCCAAAUUUAAAAAUCACAUAACACCAUUUCUUCAAGAAAUAUUUAUGCCUAUUGUCAGAACAAUUUUCUCGGUUCUUAAUCAACCUACCGACUCCCUUGACACACAGGCGACAAGAGAAAAAAUGUCGUUAAAGAACAGUUACUUUCAGUUUAUUGCUAGUCUUGUGAAUAACAAUAUCGUCGAAGUUAUACUUAGUCAAGAGCCGCAGAACACGCAGGAGGUCUUGAUGACAAUCAUUCACGGUGCAGUUGAGCCUGCAGACUCCAGUUCUCAAAAAGCGUGUUUCGGAAUUCUAAAGAAAUUAGUGGAAAUUUGGGGCAACACAGACGGACCAACUGCAUUUCAAGAAUUUCUAUACAAUCAUAUUAUCCCAUCAUGUUUUGUGGCACCGUCGAAGCCAGAGUUUGACCUUAAUGAUGCACAAACUAUUCUUACAUUGCAAGAAAUUUCUUCAAUCCAGAAAAUACUCCAUCAGAAACAGGGCGGACAGUUCAUUCACUUCUUGCAAAGUAAAUAUUUACCUUCCCUCAAUCUUGCUCCAGAACUCAUUCAGGAGUAUUGUCGUCAUGUCGAACAAGCAGACGUUAAACAAUUCAAAAAUUUCCUAAAGGCCUUCUUUAACAGUUUUAAAUCGUGACAUUUGCUUGUGGCUAUGAGCUGGGCCAACUGAAGAAGGAAAAGAAUCGGAAAAAAGAAGAGCGAGUUAUAUUUGUAAAAUACAGAAGUAAAUUUGAAUGAAAUAUAAUUUCAAUA